ACGGCGCCCUCUACCCGCCCACGUCGCACACAACCCAUCCUGACGGCGGAGAUGAUGGAGAAGGAGAAAGCGCAGCUGCGCGAGGAGAUCGCUCGCCUCAACGCUCUGGCUGACAGUUUGCGACCAGUCUGUGCCAACUACCAAAAUACCUUCGAGGAGGCUUUGGACCUGAAGUGCCGCUCCUGUAUGGCUUUCGACAGCGCUGCUACCCAGGCCAGAGAGGAGCUAGCGGCGACGUGCAGCGAGGCUGAGACGGUUCACAAGGCUCUAGAGGACUCCAACCGCCGUUUCCUGAAAAUAAAGGAGACUAUUGAGGAGAGACAAAAGGUACUAGCCCCUGAACUGACUACAUUCUCCACUAGGGCCCUGGAAGCGCUGGAUGUCGAGAAGCAGGCCGCCGAACGGGAAGUCAACAGACUUCGUGUGCGGGCCAAACAGUUGGACCUGAAGGCGACAUCACUGGAGGAAGAAGUGCAGCGAGUGGUACGUCGACUCUGCGGGCGCCAUUUCCUACCCUUUUAUUACUUUUUGUGGGGUAGUCUAGAAACAGAGUGA